AUGGGGUUUCUCUUGCAGGUUGGGCAUGAACCACUACCUCCAACCAUUGGAAGAAACGUGCUGGGAAGGAAAGUCCUGUACCUGCCCGGCUUCUUCACCUACGCCAGACACAUUGUGGAAGUGGAUGGGAAAAGAGGCCUCUUCCGCGGUCUCACUCCUCGCCUCAUCUCAAGCACUUUAUCAACCAUCACCAGGGGGAGCGUGAAGAAGGCCUUUCCACUGGAAGACAUGGAGCACGUUUCUAACAAGGACGAUGUGAAGACCUCCCUUCGGAAAGUGGUGAAAGAGACAUCUCACGAGAUGAUGAUGCAGUGCGUGUCCCGGGUUGUCUCGCAUCCACUGCACGUGAUCUCUAUGCGCUGCAUGGUCCAGUUCGUAGGCCGGGAAGUCAAAUACAGCGGUGUGUUCAGCGCCAUCGGCAGGAUAUUUAAGGAAGAAGGGAUCCUGGGAUUCUUUGUCGGUUUGGUCCCUCAUGUCCUGGGGGAUGUCAUCUUCCUCUGGUGCUGCAACCUCUUGGCUCACUUCAUCAACACCUACGCAGUGGACGAUAACUUCAGCCAGGCAUCGGUGAUCCGGAGCUACACGAAAUUCGUGAUGGGGAUCGCCGUGAGCAUGCUGACGUACCCGUUCCUUCUCGUGGGAGAUCUCAUGGCAGUGAACAACUGUGGGUUGCGUGCUGGCCUCCCUCCCUAUGCUCCCGCGUUUACAUCCUGGAUCCAUUGCUGGAGGUAUCUCAGUGCUCAGGGGCAGCUUUUCCGUGGCUCCAGCCUGCUCUUCCGCAGAGCGCCCAUGCCAGCUGCCUGCUUCCCCAUCGACUGACUCCUUGGCGGGGAGAGGUGAUGAACUUGGACUCCUCAAGAAACCCUAAGCUUGUUUCGAUAUAUGUAUAUUUUUAAUUUUCGAUCCAAAGUCUGUGGUGCCAGAACAAGACACCUCCUCUCCAGCAAGACCAGCAACAAGUUGGCUUCUGGAGAUCUGGCUUCAGGCUCCAGCUGGACCAAAGCCCCAUCCUCAUGGCUCUCUUGACUGGGAUGUGUAGCAGAGAGAGCAGAAGGGAGUUGUCUCUUUGGUCCAGGCUCUGGAGUCACUGGGGAAGUCUGGGAAACCAGAAAAUGCCCAGGUACUAAAUGAGCCAGCCCCAGGAUGCAGGGACAGAAGACUGCUUCGUUCUGCCUGAGCUGAGAAGCAGCAAGAGAUCCAAGGUCACCUUGCUGGGAAGGCUAUGCCAGCUGACCAGGUUCCAGUCUCAUCUCUUCUGGAGAAGGCAAACAGUUGCAUGGCAGGUAGCUCAUCCUGGGUGAGAUCAACCCUGUGACCCAUAUUUAAGGUUUCGAGGGUACCUGAACACUAGGGAGCACACCACCUCCCAUGGGUGUGAAAGGGAAAUUAUGGUAUCAAAACAGGGAAAUGGCGUCCCACUACAGAGAACAGUGCAGUCCCAAAGAGACAGGUACGGCUGGGCUCCGGGGCGGUGUUGGGACUUGGACAUGGAGAGAGCACUUGGGGAGGGAUGCACAUGGUAACUGCUUUGGGAAGGCUUUUUGCGGGACUGUAUUUGGGAUACACCCAGACCUGCUGGGUGUAACCUGGGCAGGCAGCCUGUACGCAUUUCUCAGGGGAGAUGGGUCCUGGACCGGCCCAUGCUUGGGUGCAGCGUUGUCUCUGGAGCGGCACGACUGCAUCGCAUGGGUGUCUCCCAGCCGGUGGGACCACGAGCCCCGCCAGGCUCCUGCCAAACCCCAGCAUCGCCACUUUGCUGAUGGAAACAGAGCGGCGCGUUGCGGCGCUGGGCUGCUGCGCGGCAGCGUCCUGCUCAUAGCUACACCCCCUGCAGGAAGAGGGGCACUCAGUUUGUUGCUGUCUGGAAUAAAGGAAUAAACCUUGAGGAGGCCAAAGGCUUGCAAGGUGUCGGGGUCAAGGGCUCCUCAUGCACACGGGAGCAUGGCUGGCCCUUACGCAGCAGAGCUCACCGGUGGCAGCAGGGCAGGAUUUGUCCUCAGCUCCCCACAUGAGAAUUGGUUUUUUUUUUUGCACCAGUCUGUGCUGUUAUGGCAGCCAGGCAGAUUUCCCCCAUUUUGGUUCCCCCACGAAGCAGUCUUUUGCACAGAGGUGUUGCUGCACUCCCUGGGAAGAGGUUUUGGGGUCCUUGAGCGGGUUCCUGUGUGCUGCAGCAGCAGCUGGGGUCACAUCCCGUCCUGGUCCUCUGGGGACCCCGACUUGCCAGCGCACAGGGGGUUUGAUCCACAUCUCCCAGCCAGGGCCUGCGGGACAGCGCUGGUACACGCUGGGACUGGUGGUUCCCACCCAGCUCCCUUCGGUGUCGUGAAGUCAGUCCUGUCUGUCCCCCCUUCCUCCCGUACAGUUUGUGUUACGGUAACUAAAGUUAAAUAAUGCAUGGCCCCGUUCCCUAACACCAGAGAUUAUUUCAA